UGUCCGGUCAUCUCCCAAAAAGAUCCCAACUUUCCAAUCCAAUGUGCUGCUCCCCUUCGCCCAUUGACUCCAUCGUCAUCGUCAUCCCCAGUACAACCCACCAGAAAAACAAAACCCAUUUCCUGAAAUACCCAAAAACACAAAGCUUUAGACAUUAGAAGAAGGGUAAAAGAAUAACCAUCAUACCACAACACCCAACCAAAACCAAACCCAAACCCAACUUUGUUUUCUUUUGGGAAUUUGGAAUAUACCUUCACUUGUCCAAUUGCCCAUGUAUUCAACGCAUGUGUGAUUUUACUGUGAGAAAAAAAAAACAGAACAACGAAUCCGGAGAAUUCCCACAGCGUAAUCUGACGCCCUUCUCUUUCUUCUUCCAUCUGGGUUUUGUCAGAUCUGUCUAAACACAUCUGGGUUUGGUUCGGGUUGUGUCUUUGAGCUUUUUCUUGGGCUUAUAUUGGAGAUUCUUGGUUGCAUUGACCUGACGUGGCCGGCGCCGCCGCCAUGGAUUACGACGACUUGAGGACGAUGGUGCGGAGGUCAGGGUUCGACGUGUUCACGUUCAUUGACGCGGCGAUCGCGGUGGCUGCGGCGGACGACGGCGUCGAGCUGAGGCGCAGGAGGGACGUUAUUGUGGAGAAGCUAUACGCCGCCACGUGUGCGGCUCCGGCCCUGCAGCGGUGCCAGAACUGCGACGGAGGUGAUGGAGUGGUAGCUCAGAGGAAAGGAGUGUCGCCGGCGACGCCGCAGUCGGUGGAUAACAGAGAGGAGGAGGAGGAGGAUGAAGAGGAGGAGUUGGAUCCUUGCGCCGGAUUGUUCGACGAUGAGCCGCCGAGAAAGAUUCUCGAUAUCAAGAAACAGCUUGAGGAUCCUGAUCAGUCUGAGGAUUCUCUAGUUGAAUUGCUUCAAAGCCUAGUUGACAUGGAUAUAUCAUUCCAAGACCUCAAGGAUACUGAUAUUGGGAGGCAUGUGAGCCAAUUACGCAAGCAACAGCAGAGCGAGGUUGUUCGGAGAUUGGCAAAGCAGCUUGUCAGGAAAUGGAAAGGUACUGUGGAUGAAUGGGUGAAGUUACACGGAGAAGAGCCAAUGAAUUCUGUGAUGGUUGAUGGAGACUCACCGCAGCAGAAAAUUCACCAGAAUGGUCAUCACCAGGUGCCUGAUUUUGGUUACUCCCCAAAUCCUCAUAAUGGGAGUUCUGGGUCAGACAAGAACAAUUCAGAACCGGAACACAAGCCGAAGAUGAUUCCUAGGAGAGAAGUUCCACCCAAACCAACCCAAUCAGUGUCUCCUGCUCCUGCUGCUCAAAAUAGACAGAGAGAACAGAGGGAAAGAAAUUUAGAUGCUGAUGAUAAACUGGCUUCAGCACGAAAACGACUCCAAGCGAAUUACAAAGAAGCUGAGAAUGCUAAACAGCAAAGAACAAUUCAAGUGAUGGACAUCCAUGAGAUACCGAAACCAAAAAACUCCUUCAUCGCCAAGAACAAAGGCGGAGGAGGUAGCGGUUCUCACCCAGGCAGACAUUGGUGAUCGUCUGUUCGAAAAGUUGGCUGGAGCCUCACAGAAUCACUUAUACAAAUUACUAAAGGCUCAUGGGAUUUUGGGGUGACACCCAGAAAAUGGAGUGAACCUGCUUAUCCUCUCUAUCCCACAUUUUUUUCUAUUAAGCAAAACAAGAAAAAAAAACCAGACCUUUUUUGCUCUUAUUGUGUUUUUUGCUUAUAAGAAACAGAAAAAAAUUCUUCGUUUUGUGUAAGCCAUCUGUCUUGCAUAAAUUUUCUCUUUGGUCUUUGGGGUUUUGAUGAGGCAAUGGUGCCAAAGAAAAUGCUUUGUUUUUUCUGCAAGCGCCUUUAGAGGGUCAAAGUUGGGGAGAUUGGGGCCAUGGGGGAUGGCAAGCUUUGUUGCCUAAUGGGAUUUGGUUGGUGGAAGGGAUGGUGUGGUUUUUGUUGGACUUGCACUAGAGAUAAUUAUUCAAAACUCUAUUCUUGGUGGAGCUUUGGAAGAAGUGAAGUUAAAGAGAGCUAUUUUGCCCCUUUCAAACUCAAUUUUAACCAUGAAAGGGGAGUUUCAUUAUUAAAGCCACCUUGAAUGUGUUAAAACUUAGAAGAAACGACAAAUUACCUUGAAUGUGUUUUUGUUUUUUUCGCCAAAAAUAUAAAUACAUUUUUUUUCUUUUGCACAAAUAUCUGGUUUUUCUCCAUAAGCUUUCAAAUUUCAUUUGCCACUCGUCAGGAAAGUGGUACCUUUGCUUCAGCAAAAAUGUCUCUUAACUGACUUAGCAAGAAAGAACAUAUUUUCCUU